UGGGUUAAUGUGAAGAAAAUCCUCCAAUAGGAACGCUCAGUUGGCAUUGACUGGCUGAUCAGUGGUCCUUGCGUGACAACCCCGCCCUUCGCUCACACUGAAGGGACGCGGAAUAAACAGGUUGUAAGAAAUUGGUUGUAUUGCGGGAAAGGUCUUGAACUAGAUUGCUGCACUGUUAUUCUAAUACAACAGAAGGUAUAUACAGAUGAAAAAGAGCAGUAUUGUGCACUAGCAUUUGGAGACCCUCGGCGAUGAACUGGUACGAGCUCCAAUGGGGUGCUGCAGCAAGACAGUAAACGAAGUGCCCCUCUUUGCAGUAAAAGAGCUGGAAAACACGCACUGCAGACCUGGGUUCUCGUACUUCAUGGUGCAAGACUCUUCACCUUCCUUGCAGAAAGAAGGGACCAGGCGAUGCUAGUGGUGUUGCAGAGAGGUUGGACCCGGCCCGACUGAUCACGUCGGAGCAACCUCUCGCUGCAGAUGCAUGUUUUACCGUUUUCUUCUAUUCUGUCUUUUGGUGUCAGUCUGGACCACGUGUCUUGAUUUAUUUUCCACCUAGCGGAGCGUAAUAUGACUGAGCAGAGGGGGCAGCCGUAUGCAGAAGGUGCACCACAGCCGAAUGGUAGCCUGCCGCAGAAGUGACGAUCCCAUUUGUUGUAUUAAUGCUGAGCCUUCCUCUAGUACAUAUCAGUAUAAGAGGCACGUUCGGUUGCUGCUGCAGCACUCGUUUAUAUUGCGAAGAUUAUAGCUUUGCCCUGAUUUUGGGAUUCGAACCCAACACUACAGCAGAGACAAAAAAUCAAGUGCGCAUUCGGAGGGAACAGAGAGUAAGCAGAAGUGAGAAGCGGGACGUGCAUUAAUCUGGUUCUUGCCUUAAGAUCGAGUGAGGAAUUUAAAUAAUGUUUCAUUUAGGAGAGUGAACCAAACCGUAAUUAGCAGUGUUAAUGCAAGUCUGACUUUUCGGUUUUUGUUCUUGGGAGUUCUUCUGGGGAAAUAUGACUGUGAUAAAUUCAUAACUGGACAGAUGACCCAGUGAAAAAAAAAAGUAACACUUAUCCUGCAUAGCAAACGAAGACGGAUAAAGAACAACUUGGGCAGAAGUAUUAUUUGCCAGCGCAAAAAAAUAAUUUUAAGAUUUUUCUAAUUUACGCAAUGAAUCGUUUGAAAUGAAAAGGCCCUACUAUACCUGUGAAUAUGGUGCAAAAUAUGUUGACACUGAGCAGCAUGGAAAAUAGCCAUGCCUUUCCUUACUCUUCAAUUCUCAGCUGUCACCCAACAACAACAGCAGUAAUACAAAACUGUUGUAUUAACCUGUGCCUUUAGAAGCACUUUACUGUAGGUCAGGUAUUGCUGACUUUGGAUCCUAGGAUGUGAACUGCUGAUGUUUCCAGUUUCCCCUCACUGGAUGUCUACAAUGUUGUUUAAAUGUGUGCCAGGGACUGGUCCUGCUGUCAGGUCAUUCCCUGGAAGUGUUUUCAUUACCCUACUGCUGAUGCUGUACUGUGUAACUGGUUCAUAUGGGUCUGUCCUGAAUUGCCAUUCAACCUGCAUAUGUGCAAGUAAUAUUAUUAGCUGUUCCAAGAAGGCACUCAUCACUGUCCCCACAGGACUGCCCCAUUACACAGUCUUACUGGAUCUUAGCCAUAAUAACUUGAGUCGUCUGCGGGCUGACUGGACACAAGUUCGGUUAAACAAACUGCUUACCUUACUGCUUAGUCAUAACGGAAUCAUCUUUGUUUCUGCUGAAGCUUUUUCCCAAGUGCCCAACCUCCAGCACCUUGACCUGUCCUCCAACAAGCUUAAAAAUCUAGAAGAGGGUUUGUUCAGCGAACUGAAGAAGCUUGAAGUCCUCCUUCUCUACAACAAUCAUAUCUCUCAGAUUGAGAAAGAGGCGUUUGGGGGCCUUUUAAAGCUACAAAAGCUGUACCUAAGCCAAAAUCAAAUCAGCCGAUUUCCUAUGGAACUGCUGAAAGAAAAGUCAGGACUUCCUGAACUAAGGUUGUUGGACAUGUCUUCCAACAAGUUAAAGGUUUUGCCUUUAAAUGAAGUCAGCCUUUUGCCUUCAUGGAUUAAGAACAACAUAUAUCUUCACAAUAACCCGUUCACUUGUGAUUGUGCCCUGUAUGAUUUAUUUGUCCACUGGUUUGUCCGGGAAUUUGAUUCUGUUGUAGAAUUUAAAGAUGAGCUAAAGUGUUCUCUUGUUUCACACAACAGAAUAAUUGUUGGUAUCCUUAGCAUAGGUGAGUCAUUAAUGAACUGCAGCUCUGUUAAAGAAUCAGACUUGGAGACCUACUUAGGGGAGACACUGACUAUUAACUGUGAUACCAGGCAGAGAGACACUGUCAAAGCCUGGCUAUCACCACAAGAUGAAUUAAUUUCAUCAGAGGAAACCAAUCAAAGCACGGUAGUUCUCAAAAAUGGCAGCCUCCAAAUCCGCAAUGUCGCUACAGGGGAUUCUGGGAGCUAUAAAUGCUUAGCAAUCAGUAGUUCAUUCAAUGAAACUCUUUAUGUGAAUGUCAAAGUGUAUAACUUCACAAAACACGGGCCACAUGAAACUUUGAACACUGCAUACACUACACUGGUGGGGUGUGUUGCUAGUGUCAUUCUAGUUCUCAUUUACCUUUAUUUGACCCCAUGCCGCUGCUGCUGUAAAGCAAGACAAAAAAGCCAACAUGAUGACAGUAUACACUCCUCAAUGCUUAGUGCAACACCAAGCCAUGAACUGCCUACAGGGAAAGGCAGUGUAAACAGACAUGUGGCAUUCAUUGAAACAUCAUCAGUAACCGGAAAAGACCAAAAUGGGAAACUAAAACCCAGUUCUCAGGAUGAGCAAAAGGGCAAGUCUGUAUCUAAAAAGUCGGACACAGACUCUAUUAGCUCUGUGUUUCUAGAUAAUCCCACUGUGGUGUAAGCUUUUUAGAAGUAACAGUGUUGAUUACGCCAACUAUGGCUACAUUGUAGAGGGAGAUGUUUUUACCGGCAUAGUUGCUGGACUGGGCAAGGGCACAUAAAGCAACCUGCAUGAUGAAAGAAGCUGAAGGGAUACUUAAUAAUGAAAAAUAUGGUAACAUCAUAAAACCUUGAUCAUAUACAGAAAGAGGAUAUGGUAACAUUUGUCUUAGUUAUUACUGUUACAGGAAGAUGGUGACAGAAUGAAUCCCUCACCCCCCCAAUAAUUUCAUAGUACCCAGUAUUUUUGUUCUGAUGGCAUAAAUACUGAGUGAUUGUAUGGGAGGUAGAAUUUGCCACUCCCAAGAGACGAGGUGAUUUCAGAAGAAAGUUUUGAUAUACAGAAUGUUAAUUUACUUAAAGCAUUGUCACUGGGUUUAGUGGGAAAGCUGCCCAACACCCCAUUUUAUUUAAACUUGUGUGAAAAUCAUCAGUGAUUAUGUAGAAGGUUAUAUUCUGACAAUAUGUGGAGGCAGCUGUUACCUGGCUAGAAGCAUGUCGGUGGUGAGCUCUGAACCAUAUGUGUUUUUCCUAGUCCAUAGGUUAGCAAUUUUUUGUGUGCCUUUCUGGUACAGUUCUGUAAAAUUCAAGUACUGCAGGAAUUGUCACCACUGAAAAUGUUGGUUUAGUAGCUGGUGACCACUCACCCUGAUUUGGAGAUGGUAGUAAAGGUAUAAGAAACUGUUACCAUGCACUGCAUGUCCAGAGAUGAAUAUUAAGUCACUCACUACUGAUGCACACAGGUGGUGCCUGAAGCCAUAGUAAACAAAUGAGGUUGUUUGAUGCAAGUUAAACCUGAUUAAAUGUUGACUUCCCUUUGCAGAGUAUCUGUACUGCACUUUGCUUUGUGUGUGUGUGUGCACGUAUGCACGCGCAUGCACAAUCACUUGAUCACAGUGUUAGUUCUCUGUACCACUAGUAUGUUACUGUGCAGGGACUCAGUUGUACAGGUCUUCUCUGUGCAACAUUUUAUUUUGAAUUGCUUUUCAACAGUAGCACAAAUAUAAGUAACACAAUUCAGAAAGCUAGUCUGAUACUGCAGAACUUGUAAAAGCCACCAGCUCAGUGGUGAUGUAUGGUUCGGGAUUAAACGUAUUACCCUAGCACGUGCCAUUUUCAGUGACUGUGAAUGGAUCCUUUGCCCUAGCACAUGCCAUUUUCACUGACUGUGAUUGGAUCCUUUGCACAACUACCUUCUAGCUCAUACUUUAGGGACUUGCAUAAUAGCUAAAUAUAGUAACUAGGUGAAUUACUGUGUUGAGUGUCAUGGCAUAAUAUAAUGGUAAAUAAUGUCACUGGUAUGAGUAUCACAGUAUAUAGAAAUAACAAAUCAUUUUUGGAUAAAGAGCAUCUUUCUUUAAACCUUUUUGCAAAGUAUGGUUUAUUAGAAUGUUUGGUUUCUAGAAACAAUCUAGUAACCCCCAAGCACAUGUAUAUUGGUUGCAAAGCCUGUAAACCAAGGCAUAGUCGUUAGAACUGUAAGUCAUUGUUAUCCACAGUAUGAAUUCUGCUCUUGCAAUAUUCAUACAGAACCUUGAAAACACAACGCUGUCUGCUGCUAUAACACUAUAAUUAAAUUCUUCAUGGUAAUAGGCGCCAAAUGUGGCAUAAAAAUGCUGAGCCCAUCAGUAUAGUUUUUGCCAACAGCAGAACCUAAUACAUUGUUAAGAAUUUGUGAAUUUAAGUCUGGGGGAAGUGUAGAGUAACACAAUCCAAAUGUAGUUGUGAUUUUAUUUUUUUAGAUAUGGUUACCUGAAUUACAGUAAUGCAGUUAAUGAUGGGGUUUGUAGUUAGGGCUACAGCAAAUAUCAAAAAUCACAGCUGUUGCUUGUGAAAAGGUAGGAUAAGGGUAAUCCAAAAGCCAACAUCAACACUAUAUAACAGUUUAAAGGGCUGGUAACUGCAAAGAUAAUUGCUUGUAAAAUGAACAUAAAAAUGUCUGAAGCUAGGUGAAAGUUAGCUUUAUUCCUCAGAGUGUCAUAAAGCAAUGUAACUGGAUUCAUUUUACAAUGGAAUUAAGUCACAUUAGGCAUGUGUUAGAACUGUCUCACUUCCUGAGAUCAUAGUUGCUUGUCAGUGGCUAUGAUUUUAAGGAUCACAUCUGAAGUAUAAUGCAGGGUAUCUGAUUAUUGCUUCUGUUAUUUCCAGUUUGGGCAGAGUAUUUUAUUUUUAAUUACUGGGCUAAGCUUAAAUCAGGAGAUUAUAAACUACAAUUGUAUAAGCAUAUUCAUCACGUCAAGUCAUACAAGUCAUUUUCUAAGACUUCCCAAUAUAUCCGUUUCUCAAAAUAACUUGUAUAAUAGGAAAAGGAAAAUAUGUUAGUGCUGCAAGUAUUUAUUUGCACUCACUUCCCUUUCACUUGCUGUGUCCAUAAGCCACUUGAUCUUUGUCAUUGUGGGUCACACACCCUAGAAAUAAAAACUGUGAUACUCUAAUGCAUACACACUUAUUCCACAUUUAGCUGUCCUAGUCUGAUGGAAAAUACAUGCCCACCUGGCUAUGUUUUUUGUGUCAUCACAAGUUGUCAUCAUGGGGUGUGGCAGGGUGAGAGAAAUGCACUGUGAGAUAAGCUCCUUGGAGUGUUUUUUUUGAUAAGCUGCUAAAUAUAUGUUGUCAACCCUGCAAAGUAGACCGUUUACAAAAUAUGUACUCUGGAAAAUCAAAGUUUGUUUACAAAAUGCAUAUUUUUGGUUUCAGUGCCCACAGGAGGUCCAUGUCUAAGCACAGUGCUCUCUUUGUGAGGUAAUCAUAUUAUCGUGAAUGUGUUGCACAGAGAACAAUUGUAUCAGGCUUCUUUUUGUUUACUCAUGACCUUAAUUGUGAAUAAUUUUUUAAACAGUUGAGUGCCAUUGUAAUUUCAUGAUUUUUUGGAUCUGUUUAUAGGAUGCAUUAUAUAGUAGGUGUCAUUUUUAUGCCCUUAGGAACACAGAGUUGCUGUUUUUCUUUCUUUUUUUUUUUUUGGUAUGGUUGCUUGAGGCUGUACUGAGAUGUCCCCAAGACACCCUACAAAUUCUAGAAACCUAGAGAAUAAAUAUAUUAUUUUUGUGGCUGCAGCAGCUAGGGUAGCCACUGGAAAGAACGAUAUGAAAGGCUUGGAUAUAUUUUUAAGUGAAGUAAAAUGUUGUUUGUAUACUGCUAAAAGUGCUUCCAGGUUAUAGCAGUUUGAUACAAGAGAUAUUGUCUUGUUAGCUGUUCAUAGUAGUGACCUCUAGUUUAAAGAUGUGCAGCCCUUCCCAAAAACAAAAUAUGCACACAUUUUAACAAGUUUCACAUCUCCCAGCUAUAAAGCCUGAAUAUUUUUUUUCUUUUAAAAUGGGUGUUUUAGUAAUACACACACACACACACACACAAUAAUCAUGGUCAAUUUAUUAAACCAAGUUGAACAUGCUCAAAGGAACUGUGCCAGAGAUAAUUAGUAUUAUUAUAUUUGUAUUGUUAAAAGUCUGCACAUAUGUAUUUAAUUAUUCUGACUACUUGCAUCAAAAACAAGGGUGUUUCCUGUCUUUUGAAAAGAUUCUGCUACUGUGGGAGUAACUGCAGCCAUUACUUCUCUUAACCCGUGAACCUGAAUUUAUUAACUCCCUGAAGUCCAAAGGCAGAGCAUGGGAGCAGGAAAACGUAGCACUGCAUUAAAAAUAUCUAAUGGGGCUGAUGCUUUUGUGUUAACGAGCAAAUCUCCGAGGUUCAGUAAAUCAAAAUUGCAGGUUCAGCUCCGUGAUGCACCUAUACUCAGAUGUGCAGCUCCCUGAUGUGCCUAUACUCAAAGUACUAUAUAGAGAAUGUCAAAUUUGUAUGCAGUUUAUAAUGCUGCCCUUGGCCAGCACAUUCCCUGAAAUGCCCUCCCUGUUGUUCUUUAGUUAAAAAGAAUUUCACCAGCAUUUCAUUUGCUUCUAAUGCCACUGUCUCUUGCAACAUUCAGUGUCCACUUGGUGGUCACUAUUAAACUUCUUUAAUCCAAUCUUGUGUCUGAAGUGGGGGGAACACAUAUUUUAGGGGUAGCAUAGGAUCAUUGGCUAAGUGCAUUGGUUAGAGUCAUAUAACUGUACGUGAUUCAAACAAAUGAGCAUUCACUCAUUUGUGCAUUCUCUUUGCACUGACAAAAACUUUUCAACCAAAUGAGUACCCAACCCUUUGAGUUACAACCAUAUAUGAAUAUAUAUAUAUUAAAUAUGCACAUUUAUACUUGUAUGCUCACAUUUAUAUAAAUAUACGUGUAUUACAUCUAUAUAUAUACACACACACACAUAUACAUAUACACACAUACACCAAAUUUAAUUCUCAGAAAAAAGAACAAUUUUUCAUUAGUGGAUAAUGGUAUUACACUGAUCUGAGCAGGUUUAUGUUUCAUUGAUCAAGUGGAAAUGAGGAAAUGUGCAGCCCUUCUUCCACUUUUUAAUCCUCCACUCUCCCAAGGACUAAAUUCUUCAUUUGGCCAAACAGAGGAAUAUAAGAUGUGGAGUAUCAGCUGACUGAUUUGCCAAGCCUCAGAGGUUUGCUCUAAUGUUCGUACAUUCAAGCAAAAGCCCUAGUUUUGACACUGUGAAUGGAAUAACAGUCAUUCUGUCAUAUUAAGCUUUUAUAUACCUUUCUUGGCAUGAUCCUGGCAGCAUGAUAAUCAGUAAUAAAAUAAAACAAAGACCAACAGCAAGCUGUAAGUAGGAUUUGACUGUUCACUGGCUCAUCAGCAAACUAAAGGAAGAGAAAUCUGGGUGAAUUGCAUGGCUGGCACAUAAGGGUUAUAGCUGAAGCGAUAUUUCCCUGGCAUGCAUAAGUAUUUCUAAGUUGAUCUGGUAUGCACAUAAAAGAUAUGUAAUGCACUUACUGGGAAUUUGCAAUGUUUUUGUUAAGCAAGGGGUAAAGCAACUGCAAGCACUUUGAGUGGAAUCACAGGUCAUAGUAAAAGAUAUAAAUUAGAGAAGAGUUAGCUGUUGACAUUCCAGAGAUGUAGCUGUAACUCAGUGAAAAUGUUAAUCACGAUCAAAUAAGGAACACAGUGGCCAUCAAUUGCCAGUUAAAAGUAUUUCAUUCUGUCAGCACUGUGACUAGGUGUAAAGAAGUGACUGCUUCACGUUCUGGUGUGAUGAAUGAAUGACUACUCCAGCAAGUGCUGUCUGCUGUCUCUAGAAUGCUGAAAGCCAUGACUUUUCCUUUACUUACAAAGUCUGGAGCUUCAAAUGUAUGUUUUCAGCAAUGGCUUGGAAGUAUUAGAUGGUGUUCUUAAGGGUAAGUUGUCUGCAGCAGGUCUGAAUCCUGAACAAAAGCUAUGUUUAAGCAUUGUGUAUCAAGUAAUGUUGAUCUUACGCCAGUGUGUAAUAAAACCUUUAGCCAUGACUACAGUCCAUCGAGUGUUCCAGAAUCAACCAUAUUCUUUCUGUCUGGACAUAGCUUCCUCCCUUAUCUGUAGGACAUGAUUCCUCUGUUAUCUGUAGGACAUGCUUCCUCUGUUAUCUGUAAUGUGAAGAAAGAUAUGUUCUCCUGGUUGGAGGUACUUCACAAAGCAGUGAAUCUGGACAGAAAUAUUACCUGUUCAAAUGUCCUUCAAUCUGCCAAUGUAUAUUUUGUGUAAGAUAAGUACUGAAGACCUAAGGGGAGCUUACAGAUUCCUACAAGGAAUAACUUCUUUAUUGUGCAUUUGUCUGCCUGUCUGUGCUGGUGGGGGCGGGGGUCAGGCCUUCACCGUCCAAAUCUUAAGCCAUGGAUUGUUGCCUUGUUUUUUUUUUUUUUUUUGUCCUUUUAUCAGAGAAAGAAAUGGAUUUCACUGCAAAUCAUUUCUCUGUAAAAUAUUUUUUUUCAAACGGUGGACAACAGUUUGUUUUCACUUGAAUGUCUUUUAGACAUUUAAGAAUUAAGUAAAGUACAGCUUUUAAAGUGUAUAAAAAAGUCAAAUGACACUGAAGAUGUAACCUUAUACUGAUAUCAUAGAGAGAGAAAAAGAGCUUUCUUCUGAAACAAAAAUGGAGGUAUUUCUGGUGAAUUAUGCUUAUAAGCUAUGAUACAAAAGGACCAUGUAUUAGAUUUGUGCAAUCAAAGUUUAGUGCUGCUGCUAAGUCAUCUGUCUGCCCAUUGCAAUUAUGAGCUAUAUCUGUGAUUUUUUUUUUUGUCAUGUGGCAGAGCCAAUAAGCAAGUUAUAAACUUGCUUAGUAGGAAACCUCCAGUAACAAAACAUAUUUAGUGUAUUAUAAUUAAAUAAGACAACCCUUUACUGCGUAUUAUUUAUUCUGGGUGAAAUGAUUCAUUAUUUCUGAUAAUAGUUUACUCUCCAAUAAAAUAAUGAACAGAUUUGUAAAGAAAUUAUCACCAUAGAGGUUACACAUUGACAGUUUUGACACUGUAGUGUAGUUUCUCUGCCUUGUACCCACUGAAUGCUCUGAUAGGCAACAGUUCCCACUGACCUUGAAAUGGAUUAGGAAGGUAACCGAAGAAAGAAUAAGAAAAUGAAUUUCCCAGUAAUGGUUUGUAUAUGUAAUGGCCAUGGUAUUACCUUUUUGCUAAAUUCACAUUUUAGAAUUGCAGUGCUGUUGCUUAUAUUCACAACUUACUUUAUUUGUGUUGGAGCAAAUCAUGAAUAUUUCAUUACAGGACUGACUGAAGAGGGUAGGCAGUCAUCACAUUUGUGCAUUUGUUUAUUGCUGUUAUAUUUUUUACCAAUUUACACAAAGUAAAAUAAUAGGCUAGAGCAAAAUCUGACUAAUCAUGCAGUUUUCUGCCAGUAAUUGGUUUUAGAGUUGGUUGCACCUAACAACAACAAAUUAUUAUGCUACAUUUACUCCUGUCGUCUGCCUGAUGCCACACUUCCAUCUCAAAAUUAGACGUAAACUCCGUGAAUGCAAGAGUUAAUAAGCUGAGGUUUAACAUGACCGGGCAAACUUUGCAAGCAGUGUAUAACUGCACACACCUUAAGGUCACAAUGGGGCUAAGUGGCAACAUAGCAGCUCACUCACUACAAAAAUUCCUAGCAACCCUGUAAACAGCUGUUGUUGUUCAAAUCAUGGUGCCAGUAUGCUGAGAGAGUCAACUUAAAACAACCCAAGGCAACAUAUGGAGGUGCUGGAAAUGUACCAGAUACUGUGAGAUGGGAAAAUAGAAGAUGAAGUAGCAAAUUUGACUAUCAGCAAGGAAAUAUGUAUAUUUGUCUCCAUUAUUUCCUUGCCUGAAGUGUAAUAUAGUCUCAUUUUUUUUUCUAAUUUAAAACAUUAGCUUUUUCUUUUUUCCUGCUACUUUUUGUCAGUCCAUCUAGGAACUGCCUCAGACACUCAGCUGGCCAGUGAAAAGUUGAACACAUCUGACAAGCAUUAACUGUCAGAAUUAUUAAUCUACAUAGCAAAGGAUUAAUUUACAAAUACGAAUAAACACCCAUUUUUUCCAACAGAAGAAGACUGCAGGGCCUAGCUAGUUAUGGCUAUAGCUUGUUCCAUGCACAUAAAAAAAAUGUAUUAUUAAACUGUAUUAGGACUUGAGGCAAUUUUCAUUUAAGCAGGUUUAUUAAAACACUGUCUUGUAUUAUGGAUGUUUUGGAUGUACUGAUCCUUGCUCAGAGGAAGGCAGAAUAAUAAAUGCAUGUGUUCUAUAAAUAGAACAUCCCUAUGUCUAAUUAUUAAAAGCACCCUAAUUGAAAAGUCAGAUGCAGGGAUCCACUGAUGCUAAUUAAUAUGUGUACGCUGUAGAACAAUUUACAAUCAAGCACAUAGCAGUUUUGACAUUUAAGUAUCAUUCAUUGAUUUAAAUAAUAUUAUACUUUGAAACCAAAAUAAUAAUUCACAUUUUUGUUAAUAGUUAAUUGAAAUGUAUAUGGAAGGGUUAGCCAGUCUUGGUAUUUUUUUAAUAUUCUAUAAUACAUGUGUACUUCUGUCUUUGUAUCUUUUUAUCUUUUAACUGUGUUUUCUGUAGCAAAUGCUUUCUACUGUCCUCAUCGUAAAAUACCUUUGUACUGGUUUGCACUUGUACUGUUUGUUAUUGUUGCUCUGCAUUUUUUCUAUUACUGUCCCCUGUAUUUCAGUUAUGGUGCUCCUUGUUUCCAGUCUUCUAUAAGGGCACCUGUUCUAGUGUUUCUUUCUUUUCUUAUGUCCUUCUGUGCUAUCUGUAUACUGUCUUGGCAGUCCACUGCAUGUCUACAAAUCAUGGCAGUGUUAUUUUACUUUGCCAGCAUCCCAUUUACGUUCAAGUUUAUUAAGGAGCUUGGACAAGCACCUUACAAAUAAAAAAUUAAAGCAUUA